AUCACUCAGCGACCUCAGCUACUCGAUUCAAUAACACCACCUCACCUCCACCCACCACCCCCACCACCAACAGCAACCAUGCGUUCCCUCACCCUCACCGCCCUCUUCGCCUCCGCCCUCGCAGCAACCUCCUCCCUAGACUUCACCAUCAGUGACUACAAAUUCCAAAGCGACGUCGACGGCCCCACGCGCGUCAACUUCACCCUUAGCACAGAAGUCAGCCCACGCAUCUACUGCAACCUGCGACGGGACCAACGCCAAUUCGCCGGCAUCCCCGCAAUGGCCGGCCCGUGCACGUGGGACGAAGGCCCGUCCGAGGAAAACUUCCAGUACUUCUUCUUGCUGACAAAGACGGAUGAUGGGCAGACGCCGGCGAAUCCGACCGGGUACAAUGUUACACUUUGGCACCAGGUUCCUCCCAACCCGUCUCUUACCGGUCGCCAUGAUAUCGUCGUUCCGACUAAGUGCUGGUCUAAUAUCAUUGGUAUCCUUGAUUGCGCCCAGGACAGCGAGGAGUACAAAGACCAGUUUAACGUGGUUGUUGGUUGAUUUGGAAUCUAUACCGCGUAGUAAGUCAUUACAGAAGGGGGCGAGGGGAUGUCUGUUGGUUGCAGUGGAUGGGUGAAAACGUUAGAAGUAAAUGUAAUAGAAUAAUAUUAAUACUUCGCAGUA